AUGGCCGGAACUCUCAAGCGCCUGCUCUUUGGCGCUGCAGCGCUGGGUGUGGUAGCAAUUGCUGCGCCGUGUGUACCAAGGGACGAAUCGCGCACCUUUGAGGCCGAGAAUGCCGUCUUGACUGGAACCAACGUUGACACUGCGCAGGCUGGAUACACCGGUGUGGACCCAUUUUUCCAAUGCUCACUCACCCACCCAUCCAUUCAGCUCCAUCUAAGAUCUGAUACUGACAGUCGCAUCUCAGGCACCGGCUACGUGACAGGCUUCGACCAGUCCACCGACAAAAUCACCUUCACCGUCUCCAGCGCCACGACCAAGCUCUACGACUUGAGCAUCCGCUACGCCGCCAUCUACGGCGACAAAAAAACCACCGUGAUCCUCAACAACGGCGCAGCCAGCGAAGUCUCUUUCACAGCCGGCACCUCCUUCACCACCGUCCCCGCCGGCCAACUCCUCCUCAACGCAGGCAACAACACAAUCGACAUCGUCUCCAACUGGGGCUGGUACCUAAUUGACUCCAUCACCCUCACCCCCUCCUCCCCGCGCCCAGAGCACCAAAUCACCGACCUGCCCAUCAACCCUGCCGCCGACAGCCCCGCCCGUCAACUCUACUUCUACCUCCGCUCCUCAAUCUACGGGCGCUUCAUCCUCUCCGGCCAGCAGGACCUCUCCUGGGCGAACUGGGUCACCCAAACAAUCGGCAAGACCCCUGCUCUACUGUCAGUCGAUCUGAUGGACUACUCCCCCUCCCGCGUCGAGCGGGGGACGGUGGGAACCUCAAUCGAAGACGCCAUCGCCCACCACCAACGCGGGGGGAUCGUCUCUGUCCUCUGGCACUGGAACGCCCCCACAGGCCUGUACGACACGGCCGAGAACCCCUGGUGGAGCGGCUUCUACACGCGCGCGACGGAUUUUGAUGUUGCUGCGGCGCUCAGUUCGACGAGUAACGCGAACUAUACGUUGUUGGUUCGGGAUAUUGAUGCGAUUGCGGUGCAGCUUAAGAGGUUGCAGGAUGCGGGCGUGCCGGUGCUGUUCCGGCCGCUGCAUGAAGCGGAGGGAGGGUGGUUCUGGUGGGGUGCGAAGGGGCCUGAGCCGGCGAAGAAGUUGUGGGGGCUGUUGUAUGACCGGCUGACGAAUUAUCAUAAGAUAAAUAACCUGCUUUGGGUGUGGAAUUCGAUUGCGCCCGAGUGGUACCCGGGGGAUGAGACGGUGGAUAUUUUGAGUGCGGAUGUGUAUGCGCAGGGGAAUGGGCCAAUGUCGACACAGUAUAACCAGCUUAUCGAGCUGGGCAAGGACAAGAAGAUGAUUGCCGCCGCCGAGGUCGGUGCCGCGCCGCUCCCGGACCUGCUGCAGGCGUACGAGGCACACUGGCUGUGGUUUGCCGUGUGGGGGGACACCUUCAUCAACAACCCCGACUGGAACUCGCUGGAGACUUUGAGAAAGGUCUAUAACAGUGACUACGUCCUCACCCUGGACGAGAUCCAAGGAUGGAUGGACUUGGACUAG